CAGCCUUGCGUCACCCUGCCUCUUGGUAAUAUUAUAAAUAUCCCUCCUACAGAGCUGCUGAUUUCAGAGUGGGUCUGAUCAUUGUGACACCCAGAGGCACAGUGUUACCCCUAGCACAGCCGGAGUAAAAGAGGAACAGCUAUGUACAGUGGGAUGUGCAUCUGUUUAUUACUUGCUGUGCUCUCAACGAGCUCAAUAGGACAGCAAACUACAGGCACUGUCAAUGAAGACCCAGGGGCUCCAGAAAUAGAGCAGCAGAGUCUACUGCAGCACCCAAGGCAUAUCCGUGCAUCCUCUACUGGCCAACUAAAGACCUUUCAGCGCAUAGACGGAAAUGGAGAUCAAAAGGCUAAUUUUGGAGCAAUGUUGGCCAAAUAUCUGCAGCAAAGAAAAGCUGGUCCCUCUGGAAGAUACGCUGUUCUGCCAAAUAGAGGCAUCAUUGACCCUACCCAUCGGAUAAACGACAGAGACUACAUGGGCUGGAUGGAUUUCGGGCGGCGCAGUGCUGAAGAAUACGAAUACUCUUCUUAAGUCAUCCAAACCUUUCACAUCACAUACUCACAUUUCUGUACAGAUAAAAUAAAUUAAUUUGUUGUCUUUACAAAUCAGUGUUUAAAAUAUAUAUUUAUUAUGUACUUGUUGUAAAUUUGUUUGUAAGACACAAUAUACAUAUGCAGAAUUUUCCAGAAAACAUUCUCUCUCUUUUUUGGGGGGCUCUCACCGCAUGUUGUUAAUAUACAAUAUUAAAAAGAUUUAAUUUAGCACCGUUUGUCAACACAAGUUGCUGGGAAUUACAGAAAACAACACAUAUUCUACUCAAUACAAGAGCACAUAUUUGCCAUCUGUUGUCUGCAAACACGUUUGCAAUAAAGUGUAAAAUAUUUUAUCCUAGUUCCCUAAAUGCUAGUUGUAAGAUGACCCUUGAAAUACACGCUAUAUGAUUAGUACUCACAAAAUCAUAUUUUAAUUAAAAACUUGGUUUACAACACAUAUAUACUGUACUGUACAUUUCACAUUGCAUAAAAUUAUAUGCUCAGGGCCAUUACAGUAAUUAAUGUUUUAUGUCACUGUUUCUUAUUUCCCAUAUUCUUCUUAAAACAAUUAAUCUAGUUUCAAGUAUAUACUAUUGGUGGCAUACAUGGAACUGUAUGUUAGAGAUUAACAAUUAACUAAAUAAGUACAUGAAAACAUAAUGUACUUUUUUUGUAGCAAAUAUGUAUGAAUUCAAGUAAUAAUGCAACAUAUAGAACCACUGGCACACCAAGGCAUUACUGAUCGAAUCUAGA